AAUUCUACUGGUUUGAUAAAUUUUAUAUGUUUUUAUGCAUAGGAAUUAUCAGUGCUUCACCUUUUUAUAAUAGUAUAAAGGUUUUCUUUUUGGAAUCUGUUAGGCUGCUCUGUAGACUGAGGACUGAGGGGAAAAAGCUAAGUGGAACUGGGGCCAUGACAUUCAACUACUCCGCACUAGAAAGUCUUUUCAAAUCCUUUUCCAGUCAAUUUCCAUGUCUGGACUGUUCAUUCAAACUUCAAGGUUUCACACAGGAGGGAAAACUUGUCUUUAUUUUUGCAGAACAGAAAUGGAAGAUCAUCAAGAAGCCUCAUGGGGAUUAGUCUUCUGUUUCUUGCACUUUGCUUCACUCUUUUGUCUUUGUUUACCAACCGUUUGGUUGGAGUAGACACCAUAUCACCCACUCAACCAAUCAAUGAUAAUCAGAUAAUAGUCUCAAAGGAUCAGAAAUUCGAACUAGGCUUUUUCAAUGCAGGAGAUUCGUUUGAUCGGUUUCUAGGAAUUUGGUACAAGAACAUUCCUGUUAACACUAUUGUUUGGGUUGCCAACAGAGAGCAGCCACUUAGAAACUCCUCUGGAAUCUUGAAACUUGAUGAUUCUGGUAAGUUGGUCCUUCUCAAUCAGUCAGGAAAUGUAAUCUGGUUUUCAAACUCAUCUCGAGCACUAAAAAAUCCUGUGGCACAGCUGCUGGAUUCAGGGAAUUUGGUUCUGAAAGAAGCUGGGAAUCACAAUGCUAAAGAUUAUACAUGGCAGAGCUUUGAUUAUCCUUCAGACACCUUAUUGCCUGGCAUGAAGCUUGGAUGGAACUGGAAAACUGGCUUGAAUGUAUCCUUAAGAUCAUGGAAGAACUUAGAUGAUCCCUCUCCUGGUGAGUACACUUACAGUGUGGAUCCUUCCGGACUUCCUCAGCUCGUUCUUCGGAAGGGAUCGAAUGUGCAAUUCAGGAGUGGACCUUGGUACGGAACAGGGUUUAGCGGUGCUCCAACUCUGAUUGGGAACCCAGUUUUUGUGCCAAUUUUUGUGUCAAAUGAUGAUGAAGUGUACUAUUCAUAUCAGACUACUGGAAAUGUCAUCUCCAGGUUUGUAGUGAGUCAUGCUGGGUCUGUCCAGCACCUUUCAUGGAAUGCUCGACGAACCACUUGGCAUUUAUUGUUCACAGUUCAGGGAGAUCGCUGUGAUACUUACGAUCUAUGUGGUGUUUAUGGUAGUUGCAAUAUCGAUAGAACUCCAAAUUGCGAGUGUCUGGAAGGAUUUGACCCCAAAUCAUCCAGAGACUGGGAUAUGCUUGAUUGGUCUGGUGGAUGUGUUCGAAAAGAUCCUCUUGUUUGUGGACAAGGAGAUGGCUUCUUGAAAUUUACAGGGCUGAAACUGCCAGAAUCUUCUCAGUUUCGGGUGAAUGUAAGUAUGAGUAUCAAAGAUUGCAGGACACUAUGCUUGGAUAGUUGUUCCUGCACAGCUUAUGCUGAGCUGGAUAUCAGUGGUAAUAGCAGUGAAUGUGCAACCUGGUUUGGAGAUUUGAUCGAUAUCAGACGGGUGGGGGAAUAUGGGCAAGAUCUUUAUGUAAGAGUAGCAGCUUCUUCACUAGGACGUCCGAAUCCUGGUGAAGGUACGAAGCGAAAGGAAAUGGUGAUUGUUAUCACCAUAUCAAUGGCUGCAAUACUUACCAUCUUGGCUUCUGUUGGCUUGUUCUUGUUCUUGAAGAAGCAAGGAAGAAAAGGAAAAUACCAAGAGAAGAAUCAAGUUAGCAUGAGCAGAAUUGAAGAUCAGGAAGAAGACCUUGAACUCCCACUGUUUGAACUGCCUGCAAUCAUGGUUGCCACUAACAACUUCUCCCCAUCAAAUAAAAUUGGGGAAGGUGGAUUUGGCCCUGUAUACAAGGGGGUGCUACAAUCCGGACAAGAAGUAGCAGUAAAAAGGCAAGGAGAGUUUUCAGGACAAGGACUUCAAGAAUUCAAGAACGAAGUGAUUUUCAUCUCAAAGCUUCAGCACCGGAAUCUGGUAAAACUUCUAGGCUGUUGUAUUCAAGGAGAAGAACGAGUGUUAAUCUAUGAGUACAUGGCAAACCGAAGCUUGGACUCUGUAAUCUUUGCAGAUGAAACAAGACGCUAUAUGCUUAAUUGGAAAAAGAGACUAGAUAUAAUCAUUGGAAUAGCUCGAGGACUUCUUUAUCUCCAUCGAGAUUCAAGACUCAGAAUCAUCCACAGGGAUCUCAAAGCCAGUAAUGUUCUAUUAGACAAUGAUAUGAACCCAAAAAUUUCUGAUUUUGGGAUGGCAAGAAUGUUUGGUAGUGACCAGACUGAAGCAAACACAAAGAGGGUAGUUGGAACCUAUGGUUACAUGCCUCCGGAAUAUGCAAUAGAUGGAAACUUCUCGCUAAAAUCUGAUGUCUUCAGCUUCGGUGUUAUACUGCUGGAGAUCAUAAGUGGGAAGAAAAACCGGGGAUUUUUCCAUCCAGACCAUAAAUUCAACCUUCUGGGGCAUGCGUGGAAGCUAUUUAACGAGGGAAAGGCCCGGGAACUAGUAGACAAAUCGCUGGAAAAUGAUCAAGUUCCUGAAUCUGAGGUAAUAAGGUGUAUACAAGUAGGUCUGUUUUGUGUCCAACAAAGGCCAGAAGAUAGGCCAACAAUGCAGUCUGUGCUAUCAAUGCUUGAUAGUGAGACAGUUUUUUCGCAACCUGAUCAACCAGGAAGACCAGGAUUUUAUGCUGAGAGAUGUCUUUCAGAGGUAACGGACUCAUCAUCUAUCGGAAAGCUCAUGUCCAACGAGAUGACUGUUACGCUGGUGGAGGGUCGAUAACAGUUCUGUGAAUUUUGUACUGAUGAGUACUGACAAAUCAGAUUUUAUCUACUUAAUGAUAUCUAGUCCUCCUUCGGAAGUAAUGUACAUUAUGAAGAAAAUGUAUAAA